UGUCAUGAUAUUCUGAUUGUUCUUAUAGGACAUUUAAUGGGGAAAAAAAGCACCGGAGAUUUCCCCUAUGUUUAUGAAGAAGAAAAUAAGAUCCCAUUUUCAGCAUUACCUGAAAAUGCCAAGCAGUUGGGAGAUUACCUGCAAUGGGAAGAAACAUUGAAGAAUUUGCUACGGCUGUUGGAAGGGAAUGAAAACAGAAGUGCUCAGAUCCUAAGGGAAGAGCUUCCAUGGUAUACCAAGAACACUUGGGAGACAGAUGAUGACAGCAGCUUGAAAGAUAUGAUGGAGUAUCUGCUUCAAGUUAUGAAUAUGAAAGAAAGCACUCCAAGUUGAAGCGACAAUCUUCCAACCUCGAAGAAAUAGAAUAGUAUCCUUAAGAGACUUAUGUUUCACAAACACUUAAUUGUAACAGAUAAUCAACAAGGUUUCUUUUGUGUAAACAAGAUUACUUUUGUGUAAAAUACUUAAACACUUGUAUUCUUGUAUGUUACUGCAUUGACUAAACUCUUCUCUUUUUUUCCCCUCCAAGCUGCAUUUUCUCCUUUUCACUGCUUUGAUGUAAAUAAUUGUCCAGGAAGGAUCUUCCAGUUAUCUGACUUCCCUCUCUAACCAGUUCAUCCGUAGGUUAAAACUACAUGACAUUUCAACAGUCACAAUAAAUAAUAACGAAGGCCAAUUUUCUGCUUUUAUCUGAGUUACAGAACUCCCACUGGCUGUGCUACAGACAGUAACAAAUAAGCAAUGGGGAAAUUCAUUACUUAUAAGACAAGAUCCACAGCUGUAUAAAUUAACUGAAUCCCAUGGAGCUAUACUGAUUUAUACCAGUCAGGAUCUGUCCAUCUGUUUCAUUGACCCUAAGGCUCCGUCUACACUGUCAGGUUUUUGCGGAAGAGAAAAUGCAAAUGAAGUGCUCAUUAGCAUUUCUCGCACUCUCAUUUGCAUAGUCUUUUUCGAUCCUUUUUG